GCCGAGAGCAGCAGCCCCGAUCAUGUGACUCCUCCUCCUCCUCCAUGUGACUGAUCACCUGACUGUGACAUCAUCGCAGGUCCUGUUAGUACACUUCCUGUACUGCUCUGCUGGUGAAGGGAGCAGAUAUGAACAAUAUUAAUGCUCCAGAGACAGAUGUGAGCGGUGAUGAGCAGUAUAAGGAGGACAUUCCUACAGGGAAAGAUCUGAUCUAUAUUAAUGCUACAGACAUAAAGGAAGAAGAAGAGGAGACAGAUGUGAGCUUUGAUGAGCAGUAUAAGGAGGACAUUCCUACAGGGAAUGAUCUGAUCUAUAUUAAUACUACAGACGAAAAAGAAGAGGAGGAGACAGAUGUGAGCGGUGAUGAGGAGUAUAAGGAGGACAUUCUUACAGGUAACUGGCCAGAUGGCUGUACCAGGAGAUCAGAGGAGAAUCUUAUAUCUUCAGAUUAUAAAGCAGAUGAUGAUAUCACACAAGAUACAUAUGAAGAACAUUCCAUUAUCCCAGAUACACCCUCAGCUCUUCACAGCCAAGAUCUCUCAUCUCAUCCUGUUAUACAAGUCCGACCUAAAGAUUCAUCACAGGCUGUUAAGCAAAAUAAGGAGGAGCCAUUUUCAUGUCCAGAAUGUGGUAAAUGUUUUACUUUGAAAUACUCUCUUAUUAGACAUAAAAAAACUCACACAGGAGAGAAACUAUUUUCAUGUCCAGAAUGUGAGAAAUGUUUUACUCGGAAAUCACACCUUGUGAUACAUCAAAAAAAUCACACAGGAGAGAAGCCAUUUUCAUGUCCAGAUUGUGGGAAAUGUUUUACUUUGAAAUACUCUCUUGUUAGACAUAAAAAAACUCACACAGGAGAGAAGCCAUUUUCAUGUGCAGAAUGUGGGAGAUGUUUUACUUACAAAUCACACCUGGUGAUACAUCAAAGAAUUCACACAGGAGAAAAGCCAUUUUCAUGUCUAGAAUGUGGGAAAUGUUUUCCUGAGAAAUCAUCUCUUGUGAGUCAUCAACGAAUUCACACUGGAGAGAAGCCAUUUUCGUGUUCAGAAUGUGGAAAAUGUUUUACUCAUAAGCAUUCUCUUGUUAUUCAUCAAAGAAAUCACAGAGGAGAGAGGCCAUUUUCUUGUCCAGAAUGUGGAAAAUGCUAUACCGAUAAAUCACAGCUUGUUAAACAUCAAAAAAAUCACACAGGAGAAAAAUGUGAAAAAUGUUUUACACUGAAAUGUAUUCUUGUUAAACAUCAAAGAACUCACAAAGUAAAGAAGCCAUUUUCAUGUUCAGAAUGUGAAAAAUGUUUCACUCGGAAAUCAAUUCUUGUUCAACAUCAAAGAACUCACACAGGAGAGAAGCCAUUUUCAUGUUCAGAAUGUGGGAGAUGUUUUACCCAUGAAUCACAUCUUGUUAAACAUAAAAAAUCGCACACAAGAAAAACGCCAUUUUCAUGUUCAGAAUGUGAGAAAUAUUUUAUAUCUAAAUCAUAUCUUGUCAUACAUCAAAGAACUCACACAGGGGACAAACCAUUUUCAUGUUCAGAAUGUGGGAAAUGUUUUACAGAUAAAUCAAUUCUAGUGAAACAUCUAAGAACUCACACAGGAGAAAAGCCAUUUUCAUGUUCAGAAUGUGGUAAAUAUUUUACUCAGAAAUUUAUACUUAUCAGACAUCUAAGAAUUCACACAGGAGAGAAGCCUUUUUCUUGUUCAGAAUGUGGAAAACGUUUUACUCAGAAACCACACCUUGUUAAACAUCAAAUGACUCACACAGGAAAGAAGCCAUUUUCAUGUUCAGAAUGUGGGAAAUGUUUUACUGAGAAAUCACCACUUAUCAAACAUCUAAGAAUUCACACAGGAGAGAAGACAUUUCAGAGUAAUAAAUGAUGCAGAUAAGACAUCUGUAUAUUAACCAUGUACAUAGGAUAUCUGACAUUUAUACAUAUAUCAUAUACUGCAUCUCCAAACUUGUUCCCAAUUGAUAAUAAAAGUUUUCUUUUAGAACGUAGUCACCGAUCCAGCGAUGUCAUCACUAUAGUUUACAUGGUAGGAAAAGAGUGUGAUAUAUGGUUGUGAUAUUCACUGCUCCUCAUGGAGAAGACCCAACAGGUAUAAUCCAUGGGGAGCUGCUACUGGAGACCCAAACACCUCAGAGAGAAGGGACUUAUUCCAGUGAUGAAGAAUUCCAGGACAUGACCAGAUUAGAGACACAAAAUCACUUCUAUCUUCUGGCUUCUAGGACAUUAUUCUGAUGGAAGAACUUUACACACUAUAAAAAGUCCUAUAGGUGUUGGGGAACAUUUAUAGACAAUUGUUGGCCCCGGCUGUCAUGGCGUACCAUAGGCCCCCUGCCUCCAUAUUACACAGGUCUGAUGGGGGAACAGGGUAAGUAAGGGUUAAUGUUUAUGGUUCUAACAAUAACUGUACAAGGAUAUAUAAGAAGUAAGGAAUAUAUGAGGGUAAGGCUAUGUUCACACGGUAAUGUAUGCACAGGAAAUCUCUGGGAGGACCCUACCCUGAAUGUGGAGCGCAUGCAUAACAUGCUGGCACUAGGACCGCUCGGGAAUGCCCCAUCUCAUAGAUGACAAUGCAUUUCAUGGGGAGUCUGCAGAAAAAUAGACGUGUAUAUUAUCUCUGCGGACUCCAGAAUUUAAACUUCUGCUCCAGAUGUUUUCGGCGUGGAAAUUCUGCUAUGUAAACAGUGCAGCAGAAUUCCAUUGAAUUCAAUAGGACUCUCCUACUGUCGAAUCUCUGCGGAAAUUAUUCCUUGUAAACAUAGCCUAAGGCAAGGUUUCCACUGGCUUUUUUCCUGCAUUAAUUUUUUUGGGGGAAAAACGCAGAAAAAAAUGCCUGAAAAAACAUCCGCACAUUUUUGUUUUUUUUUCUCCUGAAAAGUUUUUUCCUAUCCCUGUGUCCAUCCUUUUUUUUUUUUUUUUUUUUUUACUUUUUGGUAAGUAUUUCAGAAAAACAACACCAAUUGAAUACCCCCAUUGUGUUUUUAAUAGCUGUUUUUUUUCUCUCCCAUAGACUGUACUGGGAGAAAAACGUCAAGAAAUAAAGGGAAAAAAAUGCCAUAGUCUAAACGUGCUGUGAUUUUGAAAAACUACCCAAAAAUGCUCAAGAACAGCAAGGUUGAAGUAAAAAAUAAAAAACAGCAUAGAGAACAAUGCCAUGUGGCUAUUGCGUUUUGCAAUUCCCUAUGGACUUGCAGCUAACUGGCAACAGCGAUUUUCCAGGUGCAUAAACAACAUGGGAUAUUUUGGCCGUUUUUUCCCCAAUAAAAACUUGGAAACCUAGCCGAACUUUUCAGAAAUUGCGAGUUCAAUUCAGCUCAAUCCGACUUGAACGGGCAAUGAAAUAAGCCCCUAAACACAUUUAUAACACUGCCUAACACCUCUAAACCCCUCAGAAUAUGUCAUAGUGGAACACCAUAGGAAGUUGUAGUAGUCUGUAGUAAGGCAGCAGGUUGAGAUACCUUUAAAAUUAAUUCACAUUUGGCCAGCCAAGGUGACCCAGGCCUGGCUGGCUGGACGGAGAGAGGUUGCAGUAGCAACCUUCAGCAUGUCACAGUGGUUUACUGGAAAAAGUUGUAGUAGCCUGUGUACAACAGCAGGUUGAGAAACCUUUAAAAUCAAUUCGAAUUUUGCCCCAGUCAGCUAGGGAGCCCGGCUGGAAGUAGCAGGUUUGCCAAAAAAAAAAACUAUUUUAAUUUGGCCAGCAGCCCUGGCUGCCGCAGGGUGUUUGCAAAAGCAAAUGCAAUAAAUUAGAAUUUUGCCCCAGCCAGGCAGCCCAGACCUUGCUGGAAUUAGCAGGUUUGCCAAAAAAUCUAUUUUAACCCCUUAAGCCCUUGUUGGUCUUGUGGACCAGACCAAUUUUAUUUUUGUGUUUUUCGUUUUCAUUUUUUCCUACUCGCCUUCUAAAAUCCAUAACUCUUUUAUGUUUUCAUCCACAGACCCAUAUAAGGGCUUGUGUUUUGCACAACCAAUUGUACUUUGUAAUGACACAUCAUCUUACCAUGAAAUGAACGGCGAACCCCAAAAAAAUUUUGUUUGAGGAAAUUUAAAUGAAAAACGCAAUUUUGCUAAUUUAGGAGGGUUUUCAUUCUGUACACUUUAUGGUAAAAAUUACGCUUUCUUUAUUCUGUGGGUCAAUACGAUUAAAAUGAUAUUCAUGAUUACAUACUUUUCUAUUAUUGUACGCCUGGACAAUCUUCUGUGGAAGAAGACCCCUGGAUAGCGGCGAAGGGAUCUCUGUCUACCAUCUUGGAUGACUGGAUCCCCGGGGUGCAGAUCAGAUCAGCCAUAACAAAAGCCACACUGUUGCAGAUGCCGUCAUCUGUAUUGAGCGCAGUAUCUGAGGGGUUAUUGGCGGACAGCUCAAUCGCUGAUAGAAGCAGGGACCUGCCGUGCAUUACAGGACGUAAAUGUUCGUCCUGGUGUGCGAAGUACUAGCGCAUCAGGACGUACAUUUACGCCCAUUGUCCUUAACCCCUUAAGUACGCAGCCCUUUUUCACCUUAAGGACUGAGCCCUUUUUCGCAAUUCUGACCACUGUCGCUUUACGAAUGAAUAACUCGAAAAUGCUUUUACCGAAUAUUCUGAUUCUGAGAUUGUUUUUUCGUGACAUAUUCUACUUUAUUUUGGUGGUAAAUUUUCGUCGUUACUUGCAUCCUUUUUUGGUGAAAAAUCCCAAAAUUUCAUGAAAAUUUUGAAUUUUUCUAACUUUGAAGCUCUCUAAUUGUAAGGAAAAUGUAUUUGUGAAUAAAAAUAAAAUGUAUUGGAAUAUCCAAUAUGUCC